GGGUCACGCUCUUGUUUCCGACAAGAUCGUGAGAGGAUACCGAACAGAGGUAAACUCGAGACAUCUUACAUGUUUCUUUUCAUUAGAAAGGAGAGAUACUCAUGAAGGAGGACACACAUCUUUCUCCAGCUCCUAAGUUCGUGCGAAACUUUUGCGUUCGCAUAACUGUACAUUGUUGGUAUAUCUUAUAACAUCUCCGUGCAGAACGGAUAAUCUAUAAAGGCCUGCUUUUAAACGUAUCCAUUCAACGAUAUCGGCGGUGUUGAAAUUGGCGCGAGUUUCUACGAAAAGGAAAGUUAAGCGAGCGCGGAACUACUUCUUUUUUUUACAAUGGGUGGAUUAAAGUUUCUCAUCGUAUUCGUAAUGAUAUUCUCGGGGCAAAUCAGGUUUACUGAGGAAACCUUCGAAGAAUGUCCACCACCUUGCUCAUGCGGUAAUAAUGGUCCACCAUUUUUUUACUUGGACUGUUCCGCUCAAGGGAUCGAAUCGCCGUCCGAAAUCGACUACCCCACCGAUAUCUAUCGCCUGCAUCUAAGCUACAACCAUAUUCGCAUCGUGCCUCGCGGGGCUUUCCGCACCCUGCGAUUUCUUUCUUACCUUACUUUAGCCAAAAAUCUCGUGGAAACACUCGAGGAGGGUUGUUUCGAAGGAGCCUACAACUUAAAUGAACUCUCCUUGUCUGGGAAUCGAAUCGUCAACUUGGAAGAAGUGCACAAAUUAUCACAAGUGAAAACUCUAUUCCUCUCUUCUAAUUUGAUCGAACAUUUCGCCCAAAAAGAGACAGAUCAGUUUACUUUAGUCAUGACCAGGCUGUAUUUGACGAAGAAUUACCUGUUUAGGCUGCGAGAUAUCCGACAUAGCAUCAGUGAGCUAGAGGUACAAGGCAAUAGAUUGACUGUAUUUGAUGCACACGAGAUGAAAAAUGCAGCUUUCUUAACCCGACUUAACAUUGCAGAAAAUUUUCUGACAUACAUCCCCGAUCUCCGAAAUAUGUCUCGGCUUGAAGCACUUGAUCUUAGUGGAAACCUAAUCCACACCCUGCAUGCAUGUCUACCGGACACGAUCGAAUCUAUUUGGCUGGUGCGGAUGAAACGUCUCUCUGCCUUAAGUAUUGCAUGCUUAACGCCAUCAUUAUCCAUCCGCGUUAAAAGCAAAAGCUCUCUACUGGGUUUAGAACGACUGCAGGGUAUCUCUAUUCUAGAAGUAGAAGGGACACGUAUUUCUAACAACUUUAAUUUCAUGCAUCUGCCGAAAAUGUCAUCUUUAUCUCUAAACGCUUGCCAACUGACCGGUGAGUUUGUUAUCUCCAUGUCCAGAAUGCCAAACCUGACAUAUCUAACCUUAUCCAACAAUCAAUUUAAAAAUAUAGCCGUUUCCAUUGAAGUUCCAGGCGGAAACGUUGGCAAUCAAACAGAGCAGCCUAGCAUACAACGGCUAUACCUGGAUAAUAAUCAUCUCACUGAUAUAUCGUUUGUAAAUGUCCUUCCCAAACUGAUAAUUCUUCGAGUCAACGGUAAUAAGGUGAGACAUAUUGCCGAGAAUGAUAUUACUAAUAUCUCAACAUUGAGGGUAAUUUCCCUCGCAUAUAAUGAGAUAGUCAACCUUCAAGGGUUGAGAUCACUACCCGAUCUCAUAUACGCAUAUCUCGCAAAUAACCGAAUAAAAACUAUUCACCCUGACACAUUUUCCGAUUGUUCGCAACUUAAAUAUCUUGGUCUUAAUGCAAACGAACUCGAAUCAUUCGUUCUUCAUCCUGCGCUGGCCCCAUCGGUCUUAUUCGUGAACCUGGCUAACAACCGCUUCGCGCAUCUCGAUGCCGAUUCAUUCUCAAACGCGCAGAAACUUCAAGAACUUAACCUGACGAAAUGCGGUCUACAAAGUAUCGAACUUUCGCCUAUUCCAACACUUCGAGUUUUAAUUCUACAAGGUAACCACUUCAACAGAAGCAAACAUGUCAAUCUAGAGAGCUUUCCGAACCUUAUCAAACUAGACCUGAGUGAAAACCCCAUAGAAUCUGCAGAUAUGAUUAAAAAUAGCCGACUGAGAUCUCUGAUUGUACGGAAUUGCAAGUUAAGAAACCUUUCAUUCCUUGGCAACACCACGACUCAUGAGAACAAUUUGAAAGCUCUUAGUUCAAUCGACAUAGAGGGUAACGAAAUUUCUGACCUGUCCCCCCUUUCGGGUAAUAGAACUGUUGAUUAUUUCAAGGCAGCUAAUAACCAAAUCCGACAAAUUCGGCCAACAUUCUUUAACCUCAAGCACUACGAUUUGUCUGGAAAUCGUGUAGGUAGAUCUUUGAUUGGACCGACCGAUAGCUGCGAGAAUUUAUCUGUACUGAACCUGAAGGACAAUUUGAUAGUGUUCAUAUCUGCUGAUUAUUUCAUAUCAUGUAAUAAGUUAGUCACAUUGGAUCUCAGUGUUAAUCCACUGAACAACAUCGGCCAUGCUGUGCUUCCCAAAGAUUUAGCCGGAGUCUCCUUAGACUUCUCUUAUUCUGGAUUUACCUACGAAGGUAUAAACGAAGUCAUCAAGGACCGAAAAGUCAUUUCACUGCGAUUUAAUAAUGUCUCUAGCUUUGACAACGAACCCAACGCGGUAAUUAUGCACUCAGAAUUACUGGAACUCUUUUUAGGAUACAAUCAUUUAAAAACUUUUCCUAAGAUUAACUGCCGACGGCUUUUCACAUUAAUGCUUAACCACAAUGGUCUAAAGGAGGUGUCUGGAAGUGUCUUCGCUUCUCUCCGUUUGCUGAAUAUGUUAGACCUAAGCAAUAACCAGUUACGGGAGAUCACUUCAGACAUGUUUGCCCAUACAUGUCAUCUUAAUCAAAUAUUCCUAGAGAACAACCAAAUAUCAAAAAUUGCCGAAGGGUCCUUUCAUGCCCUGAACCAACUAGAAUCGCUCACUAUGUCCAACAACAUUUUAAUCAAGCUUGGUUUCAACAACCUGCCUCGAUCUUCCCUUUUAACACAUUUUGACUUCAGUAACAACAGCUGGUGCUGCAGUUGCCAGUCAUCAGCAGAGCUUCGGCUGUGGCUGCUUGCGUCGGAUGUCGACUCGGUGAUCUGCCAGAGUCCCGUCAGGUUCCAAGGAACAGACCUGUCUUCGAUCACCGAGAAACAUCUUUGCUCUCGGGUCAGAUCUGAUGGAGACGAAGCAGAGGAAGAAGAAGCGAGCGGUUUCGAUUUUUUCGAUGAUCUAUUCAUGCCAGAACUUUUUCAUCGGUCAGAAGGGGACGUUUGUGAUAGACCUACCAAUUUUAAUCUGACAACUACGACGAAGAUCCCUGUAACCAUUUCAUCUGGCACAUCCAAACUGUACAGAUUGAUCUGCUUUGAUCUUUAUUUGGCCCUUUUUGCAUUUUUUUUAAAUCAAGAGGGGGUUGUUGAUAUAUAGUUGUUCAUUCACAAGACUCUCCACCCCAUUCACAAGACUCUCCACCCAAGUGUUGAGGGUUCAAAUUCCUGCCUGACCAUGUGAUCCUUUGGCAAUAUUGAUUUUGAUUCAUAUUUACUUUCCGGUCACCACUCAGGUGUUAAUUAAUGGGAACUUAAUAUGCCACAA